CACACGUAUUUCACUUCAGUGGUCGUGAUUUGGGGGGAUUUGUUGAACACGACCAGGAUAACAAAUUCAUUCAAAUCGGAAACAUUACGUUCGAGGAAGAUGCAGGAUGACGCGCGCUACCUCAAACGCAAAGUGACUGCGGGCAGCUUGGAUGUACAUCCCACAGAAAAGGCUCUCGUGGUCCACUAUGAGGUGGAAGCAUCUAUACUGGGAGAGAGUGGCGAUCAUAUGGUGGGGGAACGUAAGGAGGGACAAAAAAUUAUUCGUGUGAAAAGUCUCUCUCCUAGUACAGAUGUGGGAGCUUUGGCCAAGAAAGUGGUGGAGGAGUGUAAACUCAUCCCUCAUUCACGUUUGCCCCAAGUGGAGCAGCUGCUGUACUACCUGCAGAACAGGAAGUCAUCCCCGGUAGAGGGCAAAGUGGAGAAGAAAGAGAAAAGAAGUGUUAAACCCAGAGAGCUGACACCGUUUGAAGGGAUGGAGUUAAACGAGGAGGCCAGUAUAACCAGAGUGGACGAGUAUAUCGAGCUGCUCUAUGAGGGCAUCCCAGAGAAGAUCAGAGGCGCCGCUCUCAUCCUGCAGCUCGCUCGCAACCCUGACAACCUGGAGGAGCUGCUGCACAACGAGGCAGCUCUAGGUGCUCUAGCCAGAGUUUUAAGGGAGGACUGGAAACAGAGUGUGGAGUUGGCGACCAUCAUCAUUUACAUCUUCUUCUGCUUCUCCAGCUUCUCCCAAUUUCAUGGAGUGGUGAGCCAUUAUAAAAUAGGUGCGUUGUGUAUGAGUGUGGUGGAGCACGAGCUGAAGAGACAUGACGUGUGGCGUGAGGAGCUACGGAAGAAGAACAAGGCUUAUGAGUCAGCACCAGAGAACGGCUCUCUAAGAAGAGACCAGGAUAAAGCUAUGAGGAAAUACCAAGGACUUCUGGCUAAACAGGAGCAGCUGCUCAGAGUGUCUCUUUACCUCUUGUUGAACCUCGCAGAGGACACGAGGACAGAGCUGAAGAUGAGGAAUAAAAACAUCGUCGGCCUGCUGGUCAAAGUUCUCGAGCGGGAUGACGAGGAGCUGCUGGUGCUGGUGGUUUCAUUCCUCAAGAAACUGUCCAUCUUCCUGGAGAACAAGAACGACAUGGCUGAGGUGGAUACUGUAGAGCAGCUGGCUCGCCUGGUUCCCUGUGAGCAUGAAGAUCUGCUCAACCUGACUCUGCGUCUGCUGCUCAACCUCUCCUUCGACUCGGGUCUCCGAGCUAAGAUGGUGGAAGUUGGACUGUUGCCUAAACUGACUGCCUUGCUGGGUAACGAUACAAAACAACACGGCGAUGAGAACAACCGUCAGGUGGUGAUGAGGAUCCUCUAUCACAUCAGCAUAGACGACCGCUUCAAGGGCAUGUUUGUUUACACUGACUGCAUACCUCAGCUUAUGCAAAUGCUGUAUCAUCACGGUGAGGAGGAAAUUGAAGCUGAGCUCAUCUCCAUCUGUAUCAACCUGGCUGCUAACAAGAAGAACGCACAGAAGAUGUGUGAAGGAAAUGGACUGAAGAUGCUCAUGAAGAGAGCUCUGAAGAUGAAAGAUUGUCUUCUGAUGAAAAUGAUCAGAAACAUCUCACAACAUGACGGACCAAUCAAACCACUCUUCAUCGACUAUGUUGGUGACCUGGCAGCUGAGAUCCGUGCAGAGGAAGAGGAGGAGUGGGUUCUGGAGUGUUUGGGUACUCUGGCCAACCUCACCAUCCCUGACCUGGACUGGGAGUUGGUGCUGAAGGAGUACAACCUGGUACCCUACCUAAAAGACAGACUCAAACCAGGCUCAGCAGAGGAUGACCUCAUCCUCGAGGUGGUGAUAAUGAUUGGAACAGUUUCCAUGGAUGAUGCCUGUGCUGCCAUGCUGGCCAAAUCUGGCAUAAUUCCUGCCCUGAUUGAGCUUCUGAAUGCCCAGCAGGAGGAUGAUGAGUUUGUGUGUCAGAUUGUCUACGUCUUCUAUCAGAUGGUGUUUCACCAAGCAACACGUGAUGUCAUCAUCAAAGACACCCAAGCUCCAGCCUACCUGAUAGACCUGAUGCACGAUAAGAACGCAGAGAUCAGAAAUGUGUGUGACAACACCCUCGAUAUUAUAGCUGAGUACGAUGAGGAGUGGGGGAGGAAGAUUCAGUCAGAGAAGUUCCGUUUCCAUAACAACCAGUGGCUGGAGAUGGUUGAGAGUCGCCAGGCUGACGAGUCUGAACCGUAUCUGUAUGAUAACGACAACGACAGGACUGAUCUGUUCUACAGCGCAGAUGGAAUAACUCCAGGAGACGGUUCAGUCAGUCCAGAUUUCUUCGGUGACCUGCAGGCUCAGAACGGAGACUCGCACCACACAGGAGAUGGCAAUGAUCUCUUUGACCAGACCAGCUCGUCACCUGGACGACCAGCGACCGCCUACGGCUUCAGACCUGACGAACAACCCUUUUAUCAGUACUCAUAGACACACAAACACACACACACGCCUGGUUUGUUAAACACUUGAGGACGUCCUGUCAUUUUAAAUCCAUUCCACACUGUUACAUCUGCAGCUUGACUUUCCGUCGUCUCAACUAAAGGCGUCACGCUGGUGUAGUUACUGAGUCGGUGGUCAUUAAUGCUGGAACGCAUUAGUGAUAAGAACUGACACACACUCAUACUGCAGAUGUUUAACUAAUAAUUAAAUAACCUGCAGUUCAACUCUCAUUUAGUCACUAUUAUGUUAAACAUGCGUAGUUAAGUCUUCCUUACCCGCUGGCUGCAGUCUCCUGUUGAGUGAGUGGGUCAGUAAAUCAUUUCAAGAAUGUCAACAUUUCUAACAAUACACAUUGAUCCAUUUUUGCAUGUUUUUCUAUAUAAUAAUGAAUAUUUGUUGCCUUUUCAAAUCCACUGAAAAACCAGUCAGGUGUGUUGAUGAAGGAUCAUGUCA